ACGGUUUCGCUCGAACUUCAGGCGAGUUCAUUGCAGGUUUGACUAUGCUCGCGAAAUUUAUUACGUGUCGUGUUUACUUUCGCUAAAUUUGAAAUAGUUUCAAAGUGAAAAUUGACGGUUCGGUCGCGGCCGGACGCCGCCCGGCGGAGCGUCGAUAUAGCAGGUUAGGUCUUCAUGGUUUUGAAGGGUUGAGCCAUGGCGACAGUAGAAAUGAGUCUGCCUGACAAGAAGCCUGAGCACGAGUCGGGAUACUACGAAGGUAGCGAUCAAGAAGGCAGCAUGGAAUGUGGGUGUCCAUCGCCCGUCAGCUCGAGGAACUCCUCUCAUUCGACGAACCUGAAGCGCAGACACAGCGCUCACAAACACAAGAAGGUUCCGAAUAAAAAGCUGAAGACCGAGCAACCGGUGAACGGGCACAACAAUAUACACAAGGACAAAAAUGUCGAAAUUGAAUAUUCAGUGUCGGCGAAGGACAAGAACGUCGAGGAAAUUGCGGCAGUGCCGGGACCGAGUAAACGUAGUAGUUCAGUAGAAUUAAUUGGUGGUACAGUGCCCGCCCCCGCCAGGGAUUCCGUAGAUUGGAAUUUGGUGGAAGCCAGCAAAAUUAGGAAAAGGAGUAAAGUUAACCUCAACGGCGCUUCAAAAGUGGACAUAUCACAUUUCGACUUGCUCAAAGUACUCGGCACUGGAGCUUACGGCAAAGUGUUUCUAGUUAGAAAAAGAUGUGGCAUCGACGAGGGAAAAUUGUAUGCAAUGAAGGUGCUCAAAAAGGCGUCGAUAGUACAGAAGUUGAAGACUGCUGAACACACCCGGACGGAGAGACAGGUUUUAGAGGCGGUGAGGUCGUGUCCGUUCUUAGUGACGCUUCACUACGCAUUUCAGACCGACGCAAAGCUACAUCUUAUUCUUGACUACGUCUCGGGCGGCGAGCUGUUCACCCAUCUCUACCAGCGAGAGCACUUCCUCGAGAACGAGGUCCGGAUUUACAUUGCGGAGAUCAUAUUGGCGCUUGAGCAGCUACAUAAGCUCGGUAUCAUAUACCGCGACAUUAAACUGGAGAACAUCCUGCUGGACGGCGAGGGUCAUAUCGUAUUGACGGACUUCGGUCUGUCCAAGGAGUUCUGUGGGAAUGAGAGCAGGGCGUAUAGCUUCUGUGGCACCAUCGAGUAUAUGGCGCCCGAGGUCGUCCGUAGCGGCAGUCAGGGGCAUGAUAUCGUGAGUAGAUAUUUUUUUAAUUUUUAUAUAUUUGACUCAGCAAACUUUGUUCUGUCCGGCGAGUGUUAAAUGUGUUUUUUAAAUGAUUGUUACCUUUUUUUGAUGUUUUUUCAAUUUUCAGCAAUUUUCUUUCCUAAAAAGUUUGUACAAAGUAUUAGAAAAUAUAUAAAAAAAUCCGAAAUGAUCCGUUCCGAACAAGCCGUUUUCAACUUUUAUAAAAUCUUGUAAAAAAAAUAUUAUUAUUUUAGUAGCUUAUUGUAUAGGUCUUCAAGUGAAGUUAGGGUGACUAUUUA